AAUUUAACUAUUAUUACAUUAGUAAUCAAACCUGAUGACAUUAGGUUCAGCGAAACUUUCUGUUUCUCUGUAGAUAUAAGCUGAAUUGACAUUACUGUCUGACCACAAGUGAUUUUCUUUUUUGUGAGUGAAGGCUAACAAAUAAGUCAAAUGUCUUUCAUACCUAAGGAAAUAUCUAAUAUAGAUGUACUUCUACUUGGAAAGACGGGUCACGGUAAAAGUGCCACAGGUAAUUCCAUCUUAGGUCGUACUGUUUUUCAUUCGUCACCUAGCACAUCGUCAGUGACAACGGAAGUACAGUUUGAAGUCAGGAGAUACCAAGAAACUAUCAUCAAAGUGGUGGACACGCCUGGGGUGGCGGACACGUCAAGUAUUGAGGACGACAACGAAAGAAAAGAACUUCUAAUGAAAGAAAUGAAGGAUGCAGUCAUUUUAAACCCCGAGGGCUAUCACGCUUUUCUUGUGGUGUACAAAUAUAACACCAGAUUCACCAAAGAAGAAUAUGACUCAGUCCUGCAGUUGAAAGAAAUAUUUGGUAAAAAUAUCGUUCGAGAUUACUGCAUACUGACAAUAACUCAAGGGGAUGAAUUUAGAAGAAACUAUCCUGGGAAAACUAUCCAAGAAUGGCUAAAAGAACAAAAAGAUGCAUUCAAAGAUCUUCUGAAAGAAUGUGACUUUAGAGCAAUUAUGCUUGACAAUAUGACAGAUGAUGAAAAUAUUAAAAACUCACAAAUAGAGGAUUUGAUUCAAAUGAUUCGUUCCCUUAACAAUAAUGGAAGGCGAUAUACAGAUCAUUACUUCAAGGAAGCCGAACAGAUCCGGGAAAGAAUAUUGCGACAGGAAAAAAUGAUAUCCCCUGAAAAUCUCAUAGAGAUUAGUCUGAUUUUAGAAGAGGUAAGACUAAUCAUAGAUUCUCAAGAAAACUUAGAGCCGUCAGAAGAGAUAGUUGGGCGCAUUUCUUACUUGAAAAAGAUGUUUCAAAGAUCAAACGCCGAGGAGUCAGAAAAAGCAUCGAUGCUCGUAUCAAAAAUAGAAACAUCUAUACUUUCACUGUUUAAAGACAUGAAGAAUCUUGAAGAGGAAAAUAAAACAAAUAAAAAGAGUUUUGAUUACGAGUCUAAUCAACUAUACUUGCGUAUUUCAGCGUAUAACAUCCAAAAUUCUGCAUACUCCGAACUUAUGGAGAAAAUUAAUGAAAAGCUUGGCAAACUCCAAAAAAAAGAAGAAUCUUUCAAAAGGGCAAUUGAAAACGAGCGUAAUAAGAAACUCAUUGAGUUCGAACACAAACUUAUCAAAAGAAAGAGCACCCUAGAAAAACUUAUAGAAAGUCAAGAAGGUGAAAGUGAUUUAAAGGUAGAAGAAAGAGAUGAACCCCACAAAACUAAACAGAUUGACCAACUGUCCAAAGAAAUAGCUAAAAUUGAGUAUGAUAUUAUGCAUCUUGAUAUAACUUUACAAAAAAACUACAUGGAUAAAAUGAAAAGCAUGAUAAGUAAAGAAAAAGAUUUAAGAGACAAAUACAAGGCUAAACAGAAGGAUGUCGUGGAGAAAAGAGAAGAGUUAGAAAGAACGAUAACUCAGGACUUUGUGUUUAAAAGAGUUAUAGAUGAAGGGAAAGCGUUAAGACUUAAGGAAAUUGAAUUAACAGAAAAACUUAGAGCUGAACUUUUGGAACAUUUUGUAGAAUACAAUAAUCUAAAGAAGUCAAACACACUCAAAUUUUCACAAAAUUUUAAAUGUACAUUUUUGUAGAACGUCCGUUUAUUUUCACAAUAUUUAAAAAGAAAAGUGUUGUUGUUUUUUUUCUUCUAAUAAAUACAACGUUGUAAUUAAGUAAUUGGAGUAGCGAUUCAAUUCAAAAUGUAAAAAUAAAGUUCAUAAAAACAAA